UGCUAAUUGCUUUUUAAUCGAACGCAAAUCGCUUUGGUACAGUUAGUAUGGAAAUUAUAUUCUCCAGUUGAGUUUCAUUGUUAGGCAAAUUUAACCAUCAUUGAAGAUGAAUUUCAAUCUGUUGACCAAGCUUUUUGCGUUCUCAACACUUUUUUGCAUCCAAUCUUCGGUAGCUCUCGAAUGCUUCCAAUGUGACAGUAUUGAAACGUGCAAUGAAAACCGCCCUGCAGUAACUUGUAACGAUGAGAAUGUCAGUAAAACAGCCGCUAUGGCCGAGACGAUUUUCCCAGGAAUUUAUAACAACAUUACCGAUCCCGUUUACUGGUGUAUCCAUGCCCGCGUAGUUAAAACUUCAACCGGAAGCUCGGAACAAGUCCACGACGUGAAAGGAUGCAUAAAGGAACAAUGGAUGGGCUUUUGCAACAACGAACCAGCUACAGAUAUUAAACUGGAGGAAUGCUGGAGUUGCUAUACUGAUCAGUGCAACGGUUCUCGAAGAAGUGCUAUCGAUCAAACCAGUGCCUUUCUGAUUGUUUUUGGAGGACUGAUUACCACACUACUGAUGAAACGGUGAAUUGAAAAAGUUGCGAUUAAAUCGAAAUAUAAGUUAUAUUGUGGUGCAGCGUUUACUUAAGAUGUCAUAAGUAUUCGACACCACCGUGGCCUUUGUCUACAAAAAGAAUUCUUCAUCAACACUAGUCAGCCUCGUUUUUUUUCGCUAACUGAACCAAUUCUCCAACACGACCCAGAUUCAAGGUUCCAGUAUAAGUUGGGAAUAAAGAAUGAAUUUUUUUUUUUUUUAAUUUUUUACCAUCACGAGUCUGACUCGUGGUCUUUGUCUUUCAUUAAAAAUUCCAUCACCACGAGCCAAACUCGUGAUUUUUGUGAGUUGAUUUACGACUCAGAGGUUUGCACAUGCGAGGUACGAAUUCUGGGCUUUAAUCACGAGCUAGACCCGUUCUUUAUUGAUUUAACGUCAGCCCAUUGAUAUAAAAUCAUAUUUAGGGUCAAGGAAGUACAAUUUGAUAGUAACAAGUGAAUUAUCAACUACGGUCCACCUACGGCUCUUCCUAGCCAAUGGCAUAAUCGUUGCACUCCGUGAUUGGUUCGAAAUAAUCAACAUUGCACAAUGAAUUAAGUGAAAGAUUGCUGGGAUCAAGCAACACAAUCUCCCUGUACAGUUUUGAGAAUUUCAGACUUUAAUAUGAACCAAUAACGACGCCGGCCCUGUCCGUGUAGUCGAUCAGAGGAAGGGAAGUGCAGCACAUGUGAUGAGAAACGCGAGAUUUUUGAAACUCAUCUAGUUUUCAAUAAAUUUGAUUAUGAUCAUAAGUAAAUAUUUUUUAAAGUAAGGUAAUAUUACAAAUUGAAAUAUUCUUACCCAAUAUGUAUAUUUAUAUUAUUUCAACUUUGUAAACCCGUAUUGGUUUCUUCGGAAACCUGGGUACAAAAUCACCUCGUCCAAACUUCAACAAAUCCGACUUCAUUCCAAAUUGCAAUGACCAACUCUACCGGAACCUCAAAGAUUUAAAAUUUUUGGGGAUAACUUUAACAGUUUAUAUAGAAAGGGCAAAAAUUUUCAGCAAAAAAAAAAUAUCAAAACAUCUGCUAGUCAGAAAGUCAAAAAGUCAGAAAGCUAGAGCUUCGGAAUGUCAAAAAGUCGUUCUGUCAAUAAGUUAACAGAUAGUCAGAAUAUCAUAA